CUCUGUUCUGUCCUUGCCUCAGAGACAGAGUUUGUGUGAUGCAAGGCAUAUUACUGAAACCAAAACUUUCACAGGUGGCCACUAAUUGUGUGUUCCUCAUUUUCUGAGCACCUAACUUGAGACACUUGGGGCCUGACUUCUAGACAUGCUGAGCACCCACAACUGCAGCUAUGACUGCUUAGCUAUAAGAGGAUAAUGCUGUCUGGAGGAAUAAGCACAGGACUGGGUGUUUAUGGCAGACUAGUUCUAAUCCUAACUCUGUCGCUGAUUCACUUUGCUGCCCUGAGCAAGUCACUUUGCCCCAGAUUUUUAAAGGUAUUUAAGUGUUGCUCUGUUCAGCAUUGCAAGGCCUAAGUGUCAUUUUAAAAAGUGACCUAGGCACUUACACUCCUACUCAUGUUUAAAAAUGAGACAUGCUCCUAAAUCAGUUGAGCAUUGCAAUGCAGAGCAGAGCAAUGCCUAAAUACCUGUAAAUAUCUGGGCCUUUGCCUUUGUUCAUUUAUAAAAUGGGGAGUUGUGAAGAUAAAAUCAUUAAUAUUUUUAGGCUCAGAUAGUACAAUGAGUGCAUAGAAGACAACCUAAAAUUAAUAAUUCUGGGUUUGGAAGGUGUGCAAUAGAUAAGGCCUGUGAACAUUGUUCUUCGUGUGUGGUGAAUGAUGCAGAGGUUCCAUGGAAGAAAUACUGUGUGAUCAUGUAAUUAAAGCUUAUCUGUUAUGUUCGUAGCAUACAAACAUCAAAGUUGGAUAAAAGUAUAAAAUACCCUGCCACCUUCCAGAGAGAGUAACACACUACUUUAUUUCUUAGAUUCCAGAACCCUACCACACAAGAAUCAAAAUCAGAGUGAAACAAAGCAGGUUGCUCCCCAAACAGAGAAGCACAACUUAAUCCACUUUGCUCUAGGCUGACUCUUUACAGGCUGACUGCUGAAAAUCCAGGUCUCACGCUUCCGUACAGAGCCCCCAAGCAAAACCAGAAAACCCUUAUACUUCAAGUGACAGCUUGAAUUUUUAAUGCAGAGUUCAAUUCCCUACUGUAUCAUUAUGCACAGACAACCUUAAUUCUGCCACUUCCUAACUUUCCUGUACUUGACCUUGCAGCCUUAACAUUCUUUUAUUGUAACACGUGUAUGGUAUUUACAGGAUCUCUACAAAACACACUGUAGUUUAUGCACACAUUUAUGUAUUUCGUGGUACAUGUUAAUAUGUGGUAUAAUGUAGGUGGCAGUCAUGCUACUUCAUUCAGUCAACUCCCUUUUCUUGUAGGCUUUGGCCCACAGGGCUUUCAUUUACAUUAUACUUUUCUUGGCUAUAUAACUAAUUGUUGUCUUUUUUUUGUUAAAGGGAGUGGAAGAAUGCAGGAGAAAAGUAUGCCAGCCAGUAAUACAGGGAUAAUGAGAGCCAGUCACUUGCUGCAGUUACCGCAAGAAAUGCUGACUGAGAUAAUCAUGUACCUUCCUCCUGCAGAAAAAUCCAAGGUCCGUGCCACAUGCAGUUUCUUCAAGGACCUGGUUGAUCAGCCUGUUGUGUGGCAAAAGAGUACCAUUGUCCUCCAACACAUAAGCGCUUUCAACGCCAAAUUCUGGGACGUGCUUCAGAAAAGAAAGAUCACUUCUGUAGAAGUGAAAGAAAUUAGGCUUAAGCAAUGGCAAAAGCUGCUGAGGUUCAUGCCUGGUCUGCUAGAUGUAACUGUGGAUUCCCUCUGGAGUGAGGAAAUUCUGCAAAGGUUACAGCUGCUCACAGAUCUACAGAAACUUCACUUGAAAACGAGCUCUAGGUUAUCUGAGAGAAAUGUAAUCAGCGAAGUUGUGCACUUUCACCGCCUUACUCACUUGUUGUUGUGCGGCAUAACCUUCUUAAGUGGCAGUGAAUUGAUCAAAAUUGCUUGCUUACAAAACCUACAUAUGCUCUCAUUGCAUACUGUGCAAAAGGCUCUUCCUGAGAAAGCACUAGAGUAUGUUUUAUUCCAUUUACCAAAACUUAGAGAACUGUCACUUUCUUGUAUCCUGAGUAAGGAGCAUUUUUUGUUAUGCCUCAGUUUGCCAGAUAAACAUCCCAUCUCUUAUUCAUCAGAAGAGUUGCAUCCUGUUCCAAAACUUCAGCUUCACGCUCUGGCCUUGAGGCAAACUGGUUAUAACCUUCUUUCAGAGCGUUUCCUGGGUCAGCUCUCCACCAUCCACACACUGACUGUUUGUUACAUCAAGGACUUUUUGUUACACGCAGUGGAUGUCUUUGGACAAGUGCUGAAGAACCUACCAAACUUGACAGAAUUAAAUCUUCUGUGGAUCUCCAAUUUGGAUAUGUUUGUUGAUAACAUUCCUUCCAGCCUUGUUAAACUAAGUGUGAUUGGAACCAAGCUCUCAAACUCUGCUCUCAGCUGUUUGUCUGACAAAGCCUGGAAGCUAAAAGAAAUGGAUCUAACUCUCUCAUAUGGAUUUGAUGAAAAGACUCUGAAACAAUUUCCCCAUCUUUUUCCAUUGCUGACUAGACUCUGCCUUAGUGGUUUUGUUUUGACUGACAAUAUCUUGUUGAGCUUGGCUAAAAUGGAGAGUUUGCGAGAACUCGAUGUUACUGGUGGCACAAAUCUAACAAAAGAAGCAAUCCAGAAUUUUCACCUCACAACGGACUGCAGGGUACAUCUCCUUGUAGAAUGGCAUUCAGUGUCUUCUAAAUGUGACUGCUUAUGGCGCACGUAGUGCACUGCCUUUUAUUUUAACCCACCACUGUUUACAGAGCUUUGAUUGCUAAAUGUACUGCUAUCAGGAAAUCAAAAAUGUUUCUGUCAAGUUCUGCUGAAAUUCCAUGUGAGGAAGAGAGGUAGUGGAAACAAACCUCCAACAUUUUCAAUGACUGUAUAGCUCUUCACUAUAGCCAAUGGCUUAUGAAUAUGAAAAACAGAAAUGCCUUCUUUGAGCCUGUAACUCUAACAAGCCAGAACUGUAAACAAAUACUGACAUUCUAUAUUAAAAUUUCUGAGUAAGUCUCCAA